AUGGCGGAGCACCCCGUGACAACCACGGAGUUGUCCCAGGCGAGGAACGCCCUUCGCAACACCUUCGGGCUCCCUGCGACAGAGCACAACGCGCAGGUGCUCGUGGCAUUGCGCCACUUCAACCGAAGGCCUCGCAGGAGCCACGUGGAAACGUCCAUCAGGGCCACGCAGGUUGCGGAGCAAUUCUUGCUUAAGAAAGUCUACGUGGUCCCGAAAGGUGUCUACCCAGACCUGCCCCGCCACGUGGACGUGAAGUGGCUGGUGCCGCCGCAGGCGGUCGACGAGUGGCCAGAGGGCAUCGCGGCCGACGACGCGUGGCUCGUCGACGGGGGGUACAACCGGGAGCUUUUGGGCCCGGGCGUAUACGAAUACCACGUCAAGGUGGGCAUCAGGGCCGAGAUGGACCUUGGUACUGGUGCCCCGGCGUUACCCUGGGUCCCGCCCGGCGCCGCGGGGGGCGCGGCGUCGGCGGCCGCGCCGGCCGCGCCGCCGGAAGCCGCUGCGGCCCCGCCUUCGGGGGCUGCGGCCACGGACGCGGCCGUUCCCCAGGCGGCCCCCGAGGGCACCGCGGCCGGGGCCGCGCCAAGCUCGGCGGCAGCGGCGCCGCCCGAAGCAGCUCCCGUGCGCCCGCUCUUGCGCGCGGGGUCCGAGCCGCAGGACCCCCAGGCCACGCUCACGGAGAUCGCGAUGGCGAUGCGCGGCGCGGCCGCGUCUGGGCGCUGGGUGUCGGCCGAUGCGGCGGACAACGAAACGGUAGAGUUCCUCCUCAAGCUGGUCCUCGAGCGUUUGCGCCACCGGCUCACCGAGAGCACGGAGGUCCCGAAUCCUUACAUCGUGUUCAUGUCUGUCGUGGGGCAGCUGUGCCGUGACAACGCCUGUUUCUCGGCGGGGGCAGCGGAGAGUCUGCGGGACUGGAUCACGGAGGUGGGGACCGUGUGCACGCCAGAGCAGAUGGGGCCCGUGCUGGUGGCUGCGAGUGUUCUGUUUGACACGGACGUCCACGCCACCCCCGACCUCACGGCGACGGGCCUCGACGAAGGCCAGCACUUCAAGUUCGUGCGGGGCACCCUGUACACGGACUUCAUGAAGCACCGCGCGGAGGCGCGCUUUCGCCAGGUGCAGGGCGACCGCGUGGCGGACGAGGCCUCGCGAUUCGCGUCCUUGAAGAAGCUCCCGGCUGACAAAUUGGACGCAGGGAAGCGCGAGCAGGUCACGCUCAUGACGACGUUGCUGGACCCCGACGCGUCCCAGCAGUCCAAGGUAACGUACAUCCUUUCGAACGCCAAGGGUUUCCCCACUCUGCGGGAGUGGUGCCCAGAAAGCCCCCUUCUGUCCCUGCAGAGCUUCGCGUCGCCGACAACGCGGUGGUGUGAUCAGGAGGCGGACGUCGUUGCGGAGACCGCGAAGCUCAUCAUGGAGACGGCGAGCAACAUUGGCAAAUGCCAGCAGCCGAUGAAGACAGUCCUCGCCGACAUUGUGGCCAUCCGCGCGGCGGCGGAGGGGGCGGACGCAGACACCUACCAGGACUUCAUCGACGCGAUCUGCAGAGAGUACCUGACGGCGCGGCUGGCUCUCCAAGCAAGCCGCGAGCUAGCACCAGAAGCGCCCCCGCUCCCCCACGAUGAGAAGGAGCAGAAGGUGGUGAGAGACAUGUACAAAGCCAUCAUAAAGGCCGUCGGCGCCGGCGUCAUGCGCAAGGUGUGCGCAAACCAGGGCUCGGCGAUGUUCGCCAUGUCCGCCUCCGCAGAUACUUUGCGGGAGCAGGCCGAGGCGGCCAAGAAGCAGCAGGAGGAAGAGGCGCUCAAGAAACAGCAAGAGGAAGAGGCGGCCACAAAGCUGCAGGAGGAAGAGGCGCGCCAGAAGCAGCAGGAGGCCCAGAAGGUGGGCGCCCCGCCGCCAGGGACUUGGAACGAGGGCGAGCCCGCGCCGCCGGGGGCGGCGGGUGCGGCGCCCGGCCAGCAGGGAGCCGCGGCGGCAGGGGCAAGCGGCCCGCCAGUUGCACCAGGCUUGAAGGACCUCAAGGAGGGCAUGCGGGGCACGAUCAACAUGAAGCGCAAGAAGGAGCUUCACGGCCUGGCCGUGGAGAUCAAGCGCAAGCGGACGAAUGACAUCGUCGUGGGCUUCGUGAACGAGCCGACGAGGGACCUGAAGCCGCUGCAGCCGCACAACUUCCAGCCCGACGAGGCGCCGCCGUCGGCGACGGGCGAGGCGCCCCCCGGAAGCAGCUCAGGGCCCGCGGCCCCCAGCGGCCAGGCGGCGGCUGCGGCAGAGGCGGACGGCGGCGCUGUCGCGCCCACCGGCCCCAGCUCGGGGUCCGCGGCCCCCAGCGGCAAGGAGCAGGCGGGGCCCGCCGAGGCCACGACGGCGCCCAAGCAGGGCGACCAGAAGCAGGCGGACGAGAAGGAGGCGGCGAACUUGGAGGCGCUCCUGGCGGACUAG